CGCGUAGGAAAUAUGGCGGCUGCUGGUGUAGUGAGCGGGAAGAUUAUAUAUGAGCAAGAAGGAGUAUAUAUUCACUCAUCUUCUGGAAAAACCAAUGACCAUGACAGCUUGAUUUCAGGAAUAUUACGUGUUUUAGAAAAGGAUUCUGAGGUAAUAGUGGACUGGAAACCAUUGGAUGAUGCAUUAGAUUCUUCUAGUAUUCUUUAUGCUGGAAAGGACUCCAGUUCAGUUGUCGAAUGGACCCAGGCACCAAAAGAAAAAGCUCGAGGAUUGGAACAUUUGAACAGUUACGAAGCAGAGUGGGACAUGGUUAAUGCCGUUUCAUUUAAAAAGAAACGACAUACCAGUGGAGAUGCUCCAAGUCAUAGAAAUGGGAAAAGCCAGUGGUCAUUCCUGUUCAGUUUGACAGACCUGAAAUCAAUCAAGCAAAACAAAGAGGGUAUGGGCUGGUCGUAUUUGAUAUUCUGUCUAAAGGAUGACGUCGUUCUCCCUGCUCUGCACUUUCAUCAAGGAGAUAGCAAACUGCUGAUUGACUCUCUUGAAAAAUAUGUGGUAUUGUGUGACUCUCCACAAGAUAAAAGGACACUUCUUGUGAAUUGUCAGAAUAAGAGUCUUUCACAGUCUUUUGAAAAUCUUCUUGAUGAACCAGCAUAUGGUUUAAUACAAGCAGGACUGCUAGACAGAAGAAACCUGUUGUGGGUCAUUCACCACUGGAAAAAAAUUAAAAAGGAUCCUUAUACAGCCACUAUGGUAGGAUUUUCAAAAGUCACAAACUACAUUUUUGAUAGUUUGAGAGGCAGUGAUACCUCUACUCACCAACGACCGCCUUCAGAAAUGGCUGAUUUUCUUAGUGACGCUAUUCCAGGUCUAAGAAUAAAUCAACAAGAAGAACCAGGAUUUGAAGUAAUCACAAAAAUUGAUUUGGGAGAGCGACCUGUUGUUCAAAGAAGAGAGCCAAUAUCACUGGAAGAAUGGACUAAGAAUAUGGACGCUGAAGGAAGAAUUUUAAAUGUGGAUAACAUGAAACACAUGAUAUUCAGAGGGGGACUUAGCCAUGCAUUGAGAAAAGAAGCGUGGAAAUUUCUUCUGGGCUAUUUUCCUUGGUAUAGUACCAAGGAGGAAAGAACUCAGUUACAAAAACAGAAAACUGAUGAAUAUUUCAGGAUGAAACUACAGUGGAAAUCUGUCAGUGAGGAACAAGAAAAGAGAAAUUCAAGAUUAAGAGAUUAUAGAAGUCUUAUUGAAAAAGAUGUUAACAGAACAGAUCGAACAAAUAAGUUUUAUGAAGGCCAAGAUAAUCCAGGGUUGAUUUUACUUCAUGACAUUUUGAUGACCUACUGUAUGUAUGAUUUUGAUUUAGGAUAUGUGCAAGGAAUGAGUGACUUACUUUCCCCUCUUUUAUAUGUGAUGGAAAAUGAAGUGGAUGCCUUUUGGUGCUUUGCAUCAUACAUGGACCAGAUGCAUCAAAAUUUUGAAGAGCAAAUGCAAGGCAUGAAAAUUCAACUAAUUCAGCUAAGUACUUUACUUCGAUUGUUGGACAGUGGAUUUUGCAGCUACUUAGAAUCUCAGGACUCUGGAUAUCUUUAUUUUUGCUUCAGAUGGCUUUUAAUCAGAUUUAAAAGGGAAUUUAGUUUUCUAGAUAUUCUUCGAUUAUGGGAGGUCAUGUGGACUGAACUACCAUGUAAAAAUUUUCAUCUUCUUCUCUGUUGUGCUAUUCUGGAAUCAGAAAAACAUCAAAUAAUGGAAAAGCAUUAUGGCUUUAAUGAAAUACUUAAGCAUAUCAAUGAAUUGUCCAUGAAAAUUGAUGUGGAAGAUAUACUGUGCAAAGCAGAAGCAAUUUCUCUACAGAUGGUAAAAUGCAAGGAAUUGCCACAAGCAGUUUGUGAGAUCCUGGGGCUUCAGGAGAGUGAAGUGUCAACGCCAGAUUCAGACACGGGUGAAGAUGAGAAUACUGUCAUAACUGGUUGUACACCAUCUGCAUUUCACAGUAACUCCUUGCUUGGCUAUGCUGCCAGAGGAUCUAGAGAGGAUAGCCCAGCACAGAUGUCAGUAUCUCCAGAUGUCAGCAGAUUAACACCUGCAUGAUCAUUUAUCUUAAUAUUUGAAGAGACACUUUGCUUUACCUUUUUGCAAUUACUUGAAAGAUGGAUAUUUAAAAUCUUGGUAUUGAUCAUGCUUUAAGGUUUAUGGAAAGAAAGUGUACUGUGAUGUUCUUGCAUUAAAGCUUUACAAAGAUUUAAACUAAUUAUUUUUGUAUUUACUUCUACCAAAUAGCCUUUCCUUUUCAGUAACAUUCCUUAAUAUUUUUAUAGCCAAGUACAUUUUAUUUUCUUGCUGAUGAACUGGAAUUGGAUAAUAUUAUAAGUGAAUGCGUUGGAAAUUAUGCACUUUGAAAGCAUUCACUUUGUUUACUCUUAAGCUUACUGGGUUUUGGAUUUGAUUGAAUAUUGAGGCUUUCUACAGCUUUCUAAGCUAAGAAGUACAUUGCUACCUGGCGACAAAGUAAAGAAAUAAAAGGAAUUGUUUUUCUCUAUUGUUUACAAAAAUACUCAGCUUAAAUAUUCUGGUUGGAUGUGACUUUAAAUGACUUAAAUUGGACAUUUUCAUCAAAACAGUAUAAUUUCUAGAUAGAAUUAUUUCAACUCCAAGUGGAUUGGUGACAUAUAUUUUACAUUGAACUUUCCUUCACUUGUAUAUAAAGAUUAUAAAUAACUACUUAUUUAUGACUAUAAGAAAGGAUAGGCAUAUUUUCUUUAAUGGAAUAAACUUGACUAUUGAUUUCUACAAUCUGAUUUGACAAAAUUAAUACAUAGCUUCAAUAUGAGAUCUUUUCAAAACUAUUUUCUUACCCAAACAUUUAUUUCAGGAGGCUACAUCCAACCCUGUACCUGGUGUAAUUUUAAAACUAAUUGCUUUUAACUUUACUAAUAAUGUUUAUUCUAUUUCCUAAUAAUGCAUUAACUGAUUAAUCAGGCCUUUAAAUUUUUAUAAAAUAUUCUUUGAAAAAUACUUAUGUCAAAAAUUUUAAGACUUUACAAGUUCAAAUAAUACUUGUUUUGUAUAUGAAUAAAACUGUUGUUUUUACCAUGCAAUGUUGCAUGAUUUUAAGUUAUGUGGAAUUAACCUGAUUCCAUUUUAAUUGUGUCUUAUUAACUCUGUAUAUAUCAUUAAAAUAAAUUUAAAGUUGAAAUG